UGGCUGAGCUGCUGACAGGAGGCGGCGGCGGAGGAGGAGGCGAGGCAAGACCUGCGGCUCCGCGGGGCUACUGCCGCGGUAGCUCUAGGCAACCCCACGGAGCUACGCCGGUCUCAGUCAUUCCGCGAGCCUCUCGCCGCCUGUCCAUCCUUCCAUCCGCCUAUCCGCCCGACUGGUCUAGGGCGGCCUAGUCUGCAUCAUCUGCCGGGCUUCUGGGGCCGCCGCCCCGCGCGGUCGCAUCGGCGUCCCUGGCCGCGCCCGGCCCCUGGCCCGCUCGCCCGCCGGCACCAUGAUGGAGGAGAUCGACCGGUUCCAGGUGCCCACCGCGCACUCGGAGAUGCAGCCGCUGGAUCCAGCCGCAGCCUCUAUCUCAGACCGAGACUGUGACGCCCGGGAGGGUGAGUCAGUAGCCAUGAAUUACAAACCAUCCCCGCUCCAAGUGAAGCUGGAGAAGCAAAGGGAGCUGGCCCGGAAGGGCUCCCUGAAAAACAGCAGCAUGGGCAGUCCUGUCAACCAGCAACCCAAGAAGAACAACGUCAUGGCCCGGACGAGGCUGGUCGUCCCUAAUAAAGGCUACUCUUCGCUUGACCAGAGCCCUGAUGAGAAGCCACUGGUAGCUCUUGACACAGACAGCGAUGAUGAUUUUGACAUGUCCAGAUACUCUUCCUCUGGUUACUCCUCUGCCGAGCAGAUCAACCAAGAUUUGAACAUCCAGCUGCUGAAAGAUGGCUACCGGUUAGACGAGAUCCCCGAUGACGAGGACCUAGAUCUCAUCCCCCCCAAGUCCGUGAACCCCACCUGCAUGUGUUGUCAGGCCACUUCCUCCACCGCCUGCCACAUUCAGUAGUGGGCGGGGUCGCCGCGGUGCAUGGGGCGGCGCUGACCUAGGCCCGGUGGGACACAGCAGGGGAGACCCCUACCCUGCUGGUCCCCUGGUCCUCAGCCCCGCGCCUCUUACAGCCGCCAACCUCGUAACAGUCAUUGCUUCCUCCUAUGGUAGGACGUGUACCUCUGUGUGUUCAUGGAGCCGGAGAAACCAAAACCGGGUCUGUCUCCAGCCCCGGGGCUGAAGAGGGGUGGGCACUGUUUGUUCAGUUUCUUGGGGGGAACCACACCCAAGCACUCUGCCACCUCUCCCAUAGCUGCAGUCAGGGGGCGGCACUGAAGGCCAGGAGGCCCACAGGGCUGGAAGGUUGGCCCCAGCCAGUGAAGCCAUGGAUCCCCCAAGCCCAGCUUGGAAAGGAAGGAAAGGGGUUUGGAGAAGAAAAGGCCCCAAACAAUGGGGGCAGUUCUCACACCUCAGAGCCCCUUUCCCCAGACCCUGUGCCAGCCCAUAUACCUGUUUGUGUUUCCCCUCAUCUCCAGACGGGAAGCCUGGCAACGCUGUCCAAAGGGAUACUGUCUCCAUUAGAUCACUCCUCCACUGUCCCCCCCCCCCUCCUUACUUUCUGAGGGUUAGGAAGGUAAGAUGGGCCUUAGAGAGAAGCCAGGUUUGGGGAUGGUAUGACCUGUUCUCACGGGUCUAUAACCAAUGCAUCUGUGUCUCUGCCUCAUCCCCAUGCCACCACCACCCCUAGUAUUCUAUUGGUUCCAGGCUGGAAGCAAGAGAUAAGGCUGGCCUCCUGUGCCCGUUCCCAUUUCACCCUAGCUCAAGGUCCAGGAGGCUGGCUUCAGAAGGGCUCUUCAAGAGCAGGCUUAAGAAAAUACAGUGAACCAAGCGCUGUAUGCACAUGGCAGGGCGUGUGUGUGUGUGUGUGUGUGUGUGUGUGUGUGUGUGUGUGUGUGUAUGCGUGUGUUGAGUCUGUCUGUCCAGGGCAACCAGGUGAGUGUCUGAGAUAACUGUGGUCUGUUAACUGUGUGAGAGACUGUUUGGAAGGGAGCGGACUGAGCACAGCCUGGCUAUCAGAAGCCUGGGUUCUGAUCCCAGCCCUGGCAUUCUUCCUGAGCUCCUAAGCAAUUCCCAGGUUUCUCCAGGGCUUCAGUUCUCACGACUGGAAAAUAAAGAAUAGCUGACAUCACUGACAGAGUCCUUUCACACCAAAAGGAAUUUCUUCAUGGGAAUUUCUUGAGAAGACUGUGACAUCUGUGUGACUUUAAACUCAGGAGGCACCUGGAGGUGUAUGUGCAGCUGUGUGGACAUGGGACAUACAUGUAGAUUUGUUUGGAAAAGAGGUGUGUGUGUGUGUGUGUGUGUGUGUGUGUGUGUGUGUGUGUGUGCACGCACGCACGUGUGGCUGGUGGCUGUACAGGGUCAUAUAUAGGGUUGCUUCUGCUGCUGCUCUGAUCUGAGGGAGGAAAAGCUGAUGCACUCAGUGAGGAGAUGGUAGUUCUCCCGUGGCUGCAAGCAGAGAGAGCCUCAGACUGCUGGGCGGAGGCUCCAGCAGCCUCCUCUCACUGAGCCAGAGUGUGGCUUCCCCAGUCACCCCACGUGCUAGUAUUUCCAACCUCGUGGAUGCAACUCACAUCUCACUCUCUGGGUGCUGGUCCUGGGAGGCAGGGGCUAGAGUGGGGGUGUUGAGGAGUGGGGCUGUUGGCUUAGGAAGGGAAGCGCCUCUCUCUGCACAGCACCCAGGGGCUGCCCACUCCCAAGUACUGGAGCAUAGCUUUCUACUCCCCAUACCUCCAGCCCAGCUCACCUCCCCCCAGUGCAGAGAUCCUAAUUCGAUAAGAAAAUGCCAAAGGCAGCAAGUCAGAGAAAGCAUCUGAAGGGGCCACAGGCCCAUAGUGGCCCCCUGAGCCCCCUCUCCCACCCCAGUUAGCAUCCCCACCACCCCUCAUCUGGACCCCAAAGCUAGAACUCCCACCCUCACCCCCACCCCCACCCCCACCCCCACCCCCACCCCCACCCCACUGGGCUCUGACUCACCCUUCUAGAACAUGGGUACCUCCUCUCUUUAGACUGCUGCCUCUGCUGCUGACUUCUUGUGGGAUUCUAAUUCAACAUGUGCCCCUGAGAGCCAAGGGCAAGUGCCCUUGUGAACACACCAGUUCCCUAGCAGGCAAGGGCAUUAGACUGAGGUGGUAUAUACACAGUGGGUGGGGGAAGCUGGCAGCCUACAGCUUCCAAGUCCAAGGAGAGCACACGGUUCCCUCCUUCCCUGUCUGGAAGUUGAAGGGGAAAAGCCAGGGCCUUAGCUUGCCCCUGCUCCCCCCACCCCUUGUAGAUACUGCCUUAACACUCCCCCACCCUCGGCUGUGGCUGUCACUCAGCCAGGUUUCUCCGCGCUCACUAAUUUAUUUCCAAGAAGGUGUGUGGAAGACAUGAGCCGUGUAUAAUAUUUUUUUUAACAUUUCCAUCGCAGUAUUGACCAUCAUCCUUGGUUGUGUAUCGUGUAACACAAAAUAAUGAUAUUAAAAGCAUCAAACAAGUCA